CUCCAAACAUUCUUUCUUCUUUCAUCCCUGCGUCGGCGAGGCGCCCACCGAUCUCUCCAUCGUCUUCGUCUUCGUCUUCGUCUUCGUUUCUGAAAGGCUGUGCGGCUUCGGCAACAAUCGCUCCCUUUCCACCUUGAUUCGGCGUUGUUGGUGCUCCCACCUCCUCCGGCACGAAUCCUGCCUGCGGGAACUUAUCACUGCGAAUUGAACACGGUCUGUACAGAAGUCAGAAAUUUCAUUUGGUGUUCCUAUUGAAUAGUGGAUUAUGGCUUCUGGAUUGAUAAAUGCCAAUCCUGUAGUGUAUGAAAGAAAAGAGCGUCAAGUUCGAAGCUCACCUACCAUCAUCAAUGAGAAUGCAGAAGAGCUUAUUGAUCAACAGGAAAUUUUUGAUUAUAUUAGAGAUAUACAGGAUCCGGAACACCCAUACACACUGGAAGAGUUGAAUGUGGUUAAUGAAGAUUCAAUUGAAGUGAAUGCUAAGCAAAAUACUGUUAGGGUUACUUUUACUCCAACUGUUGAGCAUUGCAGUUUAGCCACUACCAUCGGACUUUGUCUUCGUGUCAAACUGAUGCGCAGUCUCCCUUCUCAUUACAAGGUGGACAUAAGGGUGGCGCCUGGGACGCACUCUACUGAAGCUUCUGUAAACAAGCAGUUAAAUGACAAAGAACGUGUUGCAGCAGCUUUGGAAAAUCCUAAUUUGAUGUAUAUGAUAAAUCGAUGCUUAGAAUCAGCCUACUGCGACUAAUGUCGUCGCUUCUCCCAGGAUCAUUCUGUUCGUUGUCACUUCUCACACACCACACAAUUAUCUACAGCUCCAUUGAAUUCUGCUUCAGAUUUCACAUACCAAAAUAAAUAUGAGCAUCCAUGAAUAUGUAUCCUAUUGCUUUGCUGCUUUUUUGUGUGUAAAUUUAAAGAAUUUAACUUGUAUUGCAAAUAAACAAGACACUGUUCAAUCAUUUGAAUAGCAUACAAUGCAAUGUCGGAAGAUAGUCUUGUGGGAUCUUUGCA